GAUGAAACCGGAAGUGGCGGACUCAUCGUUCGCUCAUCAAAACAAAAACAUCUCUUGUGUCAGCUUGUUGUCGGCUCCUCUGAACGUUUUAUUAAUAUGACAGCGAUAUCGCGAAUACUAUAACAGUCAGAUGAUCAGCAUGGAGAAGUAGAAAGCACUGAGUCAAGCGGCUACUACGUUCUAGCUUUAAUAGGUUAGCGUUAGCUUAGCUGGUUAGCUCAGCUAGCUUCUUGCUCUCCCUCUCCAUGGCGUCCUCCGCGGGGCUCCCUCCGCUCGGCCCGGACCGUGCUGUCUCAUCCACCGGCCUUCACUCCGGUGGCAAGCCGCCUCUCCGCUCCCAUCACCCCCAUCCGGCUCACUCCACCCCGGGCUGUGUAAUGAUGGUCGAGUCAGUGGACGACGCGGAGGGUCUUUACGUGGCGGUGGAGCGGUGCCCCCUGUGCAGCACGUCCCGCCGCAGGCUGACCUGUGCCCGGUGCGUCCAGGCCGGGGACUUCGUGUACUUUGAUGGAAGGAACACUGAAAGAUUCAUUGAAAAGUUGGAGCGACUGAAGAAGCUGAAAGAAGAAAAGGAGCAGCUGCAACAGAGAGCCAUCCAGGACAUGGACAAGAAGCUGCAGGCUGAUGAAAUGAAGUGGAAGAUCAUGUCGUGUAAGAUGAAGAUCGAGCAGCUGAAGGAGGCAGUCGCCGGGGGCAACGAGGAGGUGAAGAGCGAUAAGGAGCUCCUCCUGCGCUCUCAGGAGGAGAGCCAGCGGCUGCAGCGCCGGGCCGGACGUCACCAGGAGAAACGUGAUAAGAUCGAGCGUCACAACCGCCGUCUGGGGGAUCAGCUGGAGAGACGCAGCAAGGAUCUGCAUAGCCGUCUGGGACAGCUGGCGGCUCUGAGACGAGAACACAUCCUGGAGCUGACCACUCACAUCUUCCCCACACAGGAGGAGAAGCAGGGCAGCAGAGACCCUGCAGACGUCGUGGCGGAGUGCGACCCUGCGUUGACCUCCAGCACAGUCAGCGAGCUGGCCGAGGCUCGGAGGACGACCUACCUGUCGGGACGCUGGAUCUGGGACGACCAGAAUGGGGAGACCAGCAUCAGCAUCACGGGACCUCCCGUCACCCUGCCCAGCAACGGAGACUGCUCUGCCUACUACAGCUGGGUGGAGGAGAAGAGCACCAAUCAGGGCCCAGAGUUGGACCACAUUAACCCGGCCCACACCAUCAGCGCGGCUCUUUGCUACGCCACACAAUUUGUCACCAUCCUGUCUCACAUCCUGGACGUCAACCUGCCCAAGAAGCUCUGCAACAGUGAGUUCUGUGGCGAGAAUCUGAGCAGAUACCGCUUCACCAGAGCUCUGAGCAAACUCAACACCAACAUCCUCCACCUCUGCUUCUCACAGCAUGUAGACAGCGAGAAGCUCCACCCUCAUCACACACUGAGGAACAUCAUGUUUCUGGUUUCCCCCGACAACGACAAUCUGGGCAGGACGGGUCCAUUUGAAGUGAGCGCGGACCUGGAGGAGUCAAUGGAGUUUGUGGAGCCGGAGGCUGCGGGGCCGGCGGAGGAGAGCGGAGACGAGGCGGUGACUGACGAGGAGACCGAUCUGGGGACGGACUGGGAGACGGUGCCUAGUCCUCGAUUCUGUGACAUCCCAUCACAGUCCAUGGAUCUUUCCCAGAGUGCACUGCAGGUGUCCCAGCCCUCUGUUAACACAGGAGGGAUGAUCUCGUCUGCUGCUGCCUCCGUCACCUCCUGGUUCAGAGCUUACACUGGCCAGCGCUGACCGGACCAGAACCACGGAUCUGGUUCAGAUCUGGACACCUGGAGGUCUCAGACCUUGGACUGGACUGGGGUCAGAGGUCAGGCUGGCAAGUCAGAGGUCAACAGGUCGAUGAGAUUUUAAUCUGUACUUAGUCACAUUAUGAAGAUAAGGAAUCUUCAUGAUUCUUUAUGGGAGCGAUCACAAGUCACAUGUGUUCUAUGUAAUUCUGCACACCAGCAUCUUUUUUAUUUUAAAACUGACAAAAGAAUCAAAAACAUCCGAUCAGAUUCAAACACCUGAAACACUAAAGAAACGUGUGAUCGUCUUCUCACGAAGCUUCCUCAAGUUAUAUUAGGAUUAUUUAAGUAAUAAAAAUGUAUGUUUUAUAAGCUACAAAUCACACACUGCAAUAUUUAAUUGUGACAUUUAUUUAAAAUGACUUAAAUUCUUUAAGCUCCCUUAUAAUCAGUAUAUAAACGUGUAAUAAAUGGAUCAUAAUCACUUUAAUGUCGCUGUAAACAGAUUCAAGCCUCUAUUAUAUUUUUUAUGUCUUUAGGUUCUUGCAACAAAUAUACUUCAAGUUCCGAAUGUGUACAGAACUCUUACUUCAUAGUUUAUUUUAACUACCAUAACAAAACAAAGGCAGGAGUCCCUCUCAUCUCAUUGCAGCUCUGAUCAGGAGCAGCUUCAUUAUAGUGUUAGAAACCAUUUAUAACAUGUUGGUUUACUGAUUAUACAUUUUAAAUGGAGCGUUAAAGUAAAGUGUUUACUUUUUAAUAUCCUGUCGACCUGCCAGCCUGUCUGUCUGCUCACAAAGGGAAAGAUUCUGCUUUUUUGUUUGUUUUUAUUCCACCGUGUGAUGACAGGAGCUGCCAAACUGAACUCCUGAACGCUGCCAUGGUAACAGCAGUGCUAACAAACAAACAAUGGUUACCACGGUGAUCCCUGUUUACACUGGACAACAAAACAGAAACCGGACUGAAUCUGGUUUUCAGUCCAUUUUUAAAAGAAAUUAAAAUUUCUUGUUUUUCUUUUUGGAGCAUCACGGAGAUCUAAAAGUGUCGACUGACGCCGCCAGGAGACAAUAAAUGAAUGUAAACGUCAGAUUAUGGGAUGUGUUCUGUGUGACGAGUAACUAGAGAAGCUGGUACGUCCGAGGUGCAGAUGAAACGCAUCAGUGGAGUUUAAUGUUUCUCUGAAGCAGCAUCGGAUGAAGUGAAACGUUGAGACGAGAACUUGUUGUUUUUUCCUGCUCAAGGAACAAAGUGUGUUUUAAAGUUUCUUUGUGUUGAAAAGUUUUUAAAUAAAAUGCUGUUUUCUGGUUUUGGACGCUGACGCUUCUCAAGUCAAAGCUUUCCUCUACAUGAGAUAAAAACUGUUUUACUAAAUAUUUUAUUUUACAACCCUCGUGCCUCACGAGGGACAUUUUUUGCUUUUUUAUUUUUUUGGCUGUGUGGCUUUUUACUUUAUUUUGGAAGUUUAACCUAUAUAUAAAUAAAGCCUUAAGGGCAAAAAUGUCCCUUUUGAAACCCUUUAAAACCACAAUUUCUGGUCCCAUCGCCAAAACGGCAUAAAACCACAUCAGAAUCCUUCAAAGUGUUAGUUUUUAACAUUUUCCACCAGAUUGAUCCAUUUUCUCAUGUUUGCCCUGCAGGUAUAUACAUGCUUUCUUUUUCCUGGUUUCCUGCACAAAACAAUAAAUAUGCAUCAAAAUCAA